AUGGAUGAGAAGCGAGGAAUGACACGCCACAAGCGUGUUAAAAGUGUUGGUGGGCUUUGGGCGAUCAUAACAGUAUUUUCAACUUCCCUGUACGUCUAUUUCAGAGCUCAGCAUUACUCAAAAACAAGUGUCCCAGAAAUAACGACAAACCAGGAGCCUUCUCCAGGAUCUUUUAAGCUUCAAAGUAUAUACAGACACGGAGUUGGCGAGAAUGCAUAUAUGCAAGUGUUGGAUGUUAAUGACGAGGUUUUGAAGGCUGCAAAAGUCAAGUUUUCGGAGUUUUCCAUGAGUUCUUUGGAGGCUGAUAACGAGCUGUGGAGCUCUAAUUCCAACUAUGCGACAGAAAACCCUCUAGAUUACGAGUUUGGGCUUUCCUGCGAACCGCUGGUGCUCAAGCGGAUGUUGUAUAGAGAUCCAGAGUUCGUGGAGUCGUAUAUGGACUACGCCCAUGAAAAUUCACACAUGGCGUCCAAGGUGCAUCUGGACUGGAUAGACGAAACGGUUCUGGUGCCGAAUGUGACAGACAAGAAAACUAUCGUCAGCUUGGCUCUCAUGUCGUCCAAUGCGUAUGUGAGACUUCCACACACCAAGGACUGGAGAAACCUGACAAGCCCGUGGAAUCACACGGAAAACCCGGGCCAUGGCUGGGACGACGACGGUCUGAGAGGCCAUGUUUUCAGCAACAAACGACAAGACAUUGUCGUUAUAGCAGUGAAGGGCACUAGUGCCCAGGGCCUGGCGGGGUCUGGCGAAGAUGAGACCACCGUAAAUGAUAAAAUCAACGACAACUUACUAUUUUCCUGCUGCUGCGCCAGAGUAAGCUAUCUAUGGACCACAGUGUGCGAUUGCUAUGUGAAGUCAUACACAUGCGACGAGGUCUGCCUGGAACGCGAGCUGAGAAGAAAGGAUCGGUAUUACAAAGCGGUCUUGAAUAUUUACAAAGAAGUGGCACGGCAAUAUCCAUCGUCCACUAUUUGGGUCACAGGGCACUCCUUGGGCGGUGCUUUGGGAAGCUUGCUCGGUCGCACAUACGGUCUCCCAGUCGUGGCGUUUGAAGCUCCCGGCGAGCUUAUGGCCUCGCGGCGCCUUCAUCUGCCCAUGCCACCGGGAUAUCCAAACUAUCUAGAAGGUGUGUGGCAUUUCGGUAACACGGGCGACCCAAUUUUCAUGGGUACCUGUAACGGGGCCAGUUCGUCCUGUUCCAUCGGUGGUUAUGCAAUGGAAACGUCUUGUCACACUGGCAAGGAGUGUGUUUAUGACGUGGUCAAGGAGAAAGGGUGGCGAGUCAGUCUUUUUAACCACAGGAUUCAUAAAGUUAUCGAUGAGAUUCUGGAGACAUAUGAUGCGCCCGCCAGGUGCACACCACCAGGCCCAUGCCACGAUUGUUUUAAUUGGGAAUAUAUAAAAAAGGAAACCUCAUCAAUUGCCCCGCCGACAAUGACCAUCACAUCGUCAACUCCCACAACCAUAACCUCAGAGCCCACCAUUACCAGUAGCUGCAUUGGCCGCAAUUGGUAUGGAUGGUGCACAGAGUAUGACUGA